GAAGAUGGAAGCCCAGCCCAUCCACAUUCCAACUAUCAGCAACGACUCUGACACCGACUGGGACUUCUGCUUCCACCUGUCACAGCAAACCAUAAUCCCAGAACAGGAAACAGAUGAGAUGGAAGAAGACAGCACAGUUCAGGAAGAGGGGGUGACUGUUGACUAUAUGUCCCUGCCAAAAGAGAAACUAGCUCAGUGCCAGAAGAAAGUCAACCAGCUCAUUCAGGAAAAUAUGAGUACCAAAGCAAACAAGGAGCUGAUCCGGAGUUUCAUUCUUUCUCGGAUUAUCUUUGGGAACGAACACUGGAAGUGUGCGCAGGCUUUAGCCAACCUGGCUUAUGGUUACCUGACACUGAGAGGCCUCCCAGCUCAGGCCAAGAAACAUGCCCAGACCGCCAAGAGCACGCUGCUGGCCUGGAAGCGAAGCACGACCUCGGACACGGAGAAAGAGGGAAUCCUGCAAGCUCUGGUCAUGCUGUACUAUACCCUGGGGACCGCCUGGCUCCUACAAAACCAUGGCAAACAUGCCUAUAAUCACCUACAGAAAGCAGAGAGAAAUAUGAAGGAACUGAAAGAGUUAAGUGAGGCAGCCAUUUGUGGGGUCCAAGUCUCAGAUGAAGAUCUAACCAUUGCUUUGGGCAGAGCCUCCUUGGCCAUGCACAAGAUGAACCUAGCUCUGGCAUACUUUGAGAAAGCAAUUGGCAAUGUCAUCGUUGCCAAGGGUCAUGACACAACAGAUCUGAUUGGCUUGUACGAAGAAAUCGCCCAGAUUGAGCAACUGAGGAAGAACCACGAGAGGGCUAUCCAGUACUUGCAGCAGGCUUAUUCUAUCUGCAUUUCUUCGUUUUCUGAAAUGAGCCCCCAAGCUGCUGAGGCGAGUGCUUUACUAGCUAAAGCUUAUGCAAUGUCCGGAAAAUCCCAGCACAGGGAUGCUGUUGAGAUAUAUUUUACAAGAAGUAUUAGUACAUAUCAAACACUGGGCUCAGAAGACUAUGAAACUCUUACCACCAUUGAAGACUUUUGUACGUGGCUCAUCCAAAAUGGCGAAAACCAGGAGGCUUACAAACUGCUAAAGUCUACGCUGGAUUCUGGCACAUAUGAUGACUGUGGCAAAAAAGUAGCUGAAACCUUUUAUAACAUGAGCAGCGUCUGCUUUGCCAAAGGAGAGCUCAGCAAUGCCAUUCAGCUGCUGAGGAAGUGUCUGAUGGUUCAGAUUUUCGUCUAUGGAAGCAAUCACACCAAGAGCAGAAAUACUAAAAACCUCCUUUCCCUGCUGCAGAGGACAAGUUCAUCCAAACUGAAAAGAGAAGCCAUUCCAGGAAAAAAGAAGACUAUAGGCAGAAACUGAGUGGAACGAAGGGGAGCGGUGCCUGGGAAGAAUGUUAGUUCCAGCAUUGAUGCUCAGAGCAAACGGAGCAGUGGCUGGCUGCUGGGGAUGACUAAGCUCAUGUGGAAGACGUGUUGCUGGCUAGCAUUUCAAAUGGGAUCUAGAGACCCCGAAAACAGAACAUAUAAGUGCAGUUCGAAGUGA